AAUUCUGGAAAUCUUCAGAUGUUCGAGAUAUAGAAAAACUUGGGUACACUUAUCUUGAAGUGGCAAAAUUUAAAGGUCAAGAUCCCAAAAAAUUGCAAGCUUAUCUUCUUGAACUUUAUAAACCUGAUCCUCAUUGUGGACGAAGAUUUUUUGUAAAGUUGACUAUCAAAGCAGGAAAAUUAGCUGGGUCAUACUCUAUUAGAGUAUUUAUAGAUUUGCCUGAUGCGAAUGCUCAAACACCAGUAACCUCACCUCAUUUUGCUGGCUUGGUUGCCAUGUGGCAAAGCAAUAGUCAUACUCAUAAUAAUACUUUUGUUGUUGGAUCUGUCGAUAUUACAGCAGCUAUGGUACGAUUGAAUUCACGAACUGAAACUUUCGAAGCUAUUCAAGAUGUUAAUAUUACGACAGGCUUGUUAA